UUUUCUUUUUCUUCUCCUUCUCUUGUCCAGGUUGUAGGACCAAGAGGACCCCCUGGGCCACAAGGGCCUUCAGGUGAACAAGGACCAAGGGGAGAACGCGGAGAUAAAGGGGAAAAGGGUGCUGCUGGCCCACGUGGCAGAGAUGGCGAACCUGGUACACCUGGCAAUCCUGGGCCUUCUGGACCCCCAGGUCCUCCAGGUCCCCCUGGCCUUGGUGGAAACUUUGCUGCUCAGAUGGCUGGAGGAUUUGAUGAGAAAGCAGGUGGUGCUCAGAUGGGAGUGAUGCAAGGACCUAUGGGACCUAUGGGACCACGAGGACCCCCAGGACCUCCAGGAUCUCAUGGCCCUCAAGGAUUUCAAGGCAGCCCUGGUGAACCUGGAGAACCUGGCACUAGUGGUGCAAUGGGACCCCGUGGGCCACCUGGGCCAUCUGGAAAACCUGGUGAUGAUGGCGAAGCUGGCAAACCUGGCAAAUCAGGAGAGCGUGGACUACCUGGGCCUCAGGGUGCCCGAGGUUUCCCUGGGACCCCAGGUCUUCCUGGUGUGAAAGGUCACAGAGGUUAUCCUGGAUUAGAUGGUAUCAAGGGAGAAGCUGGUGCUGCGGGUGCUAAGGGUGAAGCUGGGUCUCCAGGUGAAGCUGGGUCUCCGGGUCCUAUGGGUCCCCGUGGUCUUCCAGGUGAGAGAGGACGCCCUGGCCCAUCUGGUGCUGCUGUAAGUAUCAGCAUUGUUUGA